UGUCAAAUCGUAGUUUUUUUCACGUUUUGGUCAACCUAACCUCACUUUAUGUAAUGUUUUUCGACCAAAAAAUAAAAAUAUCGUGAAAAGUAGUGAUGUCUUCGGAAGAUCUUCUAGUGUGUUUGCCAGGACAAAGACUCUGCCUCUCUGACCACACUCACGUGUCCGGCCAGGGCACCUACGAGCGCCAGGGCUACAUCUACUCCACCCUCGCCGGGACCGUCGACAUUGUAGACAAAGACAACGUUAAAAUCAUCGAAGUGCACACCUCCGGCAAACAAACUCUUGUGCCCUCUCAAGGGGACAUCGUCACGGCUCAAAUUCACACCAUAACCCAACAAUUCUGCAAGUGCCAUAUCAAGUGCAUCGGUGACAAGGUCCUGGGACGCCACUAUAGAGGGAUCCUGAGGCGUGAAGACGUCCGGGUCACUGAAAAAGACAGGGUCGAGAUUUAUAAGAGUUUCAGGCCAGGGGAUGUGAUUUUGGCCAGGGUGUUACCAAUCACGGAGGCACACACUUAUCAGUUGUCUACAGCCGAGAACGAACUGGGGGUGGUGACGGCGCACUCAGAACAUGGACACUUGAUGGUCCCCAUAAGUUGGACUGAAAUGCAGUGUUCAAAGACUUUCGUCAAGGAGGCGAGAAAAGUGGCCAAAGUCGUGCCAGAGAGCGUCCAGCAGGGGUUAAACGAAAAUUGAGUGCUUUAAGGAAAAUCUUUAUAUUUCUUUUAUAGUAAACGUCAUUUUUUGAUAAAUUUA